AUCCAGUCAUAUCAUGACGGAGAACACUAAAACGCACGUUAUAUUGCUGUCUUGUGGAAGUUUUAACCCCAUCACUAAAGGACACAUUCAUAUGUUUGAGAAAGCCAAAGAAUACCUGCACAAAACAGGGAAGUUCAUUGUGAUUGGGGGCAUCAUCUCUCCUGUACAUGACUCCUAUGGCAAACCGGGUCUGGUCCCCAGCAGACAUCGUCUCACCAUGUGUCAACUGGCAGUCCAGUCCUCUGACUGGAUCAGAGUGGAUCCCUGGGAGUGCUACCAGGACACAUGGCAGACUACGUGCAGCGUGCUGGAGCAUCAUCGUGACCUCAUGAAGAGAGUCACAGGGUGUAUUCUAUCCAAUGUGAACACACCGUCCACAACUCCAGUGAUCGGCCAACCACAGAAUAAGACUCAGACUGCCAUCUAUCAGAACCACAACACAGUGAACAACAAGCCCACCGCCAUUAAGCUGUGGGGGAAGAUGAGUGAGAGCUUGGGUAAAAUUUGCUGUGUUCGCCCCCACAUUGACCGUUUCACCUUUGUCGAUGAAAAUGCCAACCUUGGCACUGCAAUGCGAUAUGAGGAAAUUGAGUUGCGCAUCUUGCUCCUAUGUGGCAGUGAUCUUCUGGAGUCAUUCUGCAUCCCUGGCCUAUGGAAAGACAGUGAUAUGGAGGUGAUUGUUGGAGACUUUGGGAUUGUUGUUGUGCCUCGGGACGGAGUUGAUACAGAGAGGAUAAUGAACCAUUCCUCUGUGCUGCGCAAGAACAAGGAUAACAUCACUGUCGUAAAAGAUGAUGCCAACCACCCUAUGUCCAUUGUCAGUUCAACCAAGAGCAGACUGGCCCUGCAGCAUGGUGACGGCCAUGUAGUGGACUACCUGAACCAGCCAGUCAUCGACUACAUCCUGCAGAGUCAGCUCUACAUCAAUGCUUCUGGAUAGGAACUACUGCUUUGGCCUGCUGGCAUAUUGUCCCUGUCUGUCUUUCAUGUGAAACGUAUACUCCUCUUGAGCUACUGCUUUUCCAUUUAAAGAUAUCCAUAUCCCUUCUUACUGUAUCAUGGUGACUCAUCUGACCUGUGGAUGUACAGCGAGGUGCCUGAGAGCUGUGUGUACGUGUGGACCACCUUCACAACUGACUUUGUGUAGGCUGCGCCG